UGUUUGUUUGUAACCAUGGGAAAAGUUUCACUCGGUCCUAAAGGGAUCCGCGUUCACUCACCAUUUCGUUAUGGAUGUAGUCCCUGGCCACUGACUGAGUAAAAGCGGAAAGUAAACAACACUAAGUACAUUCUCGAAACUGUCCUUUCAAUUUGUCUACAUUUUUGAGUUGGAAUCCGUGAUGGAUAUGAUUUUUUCUCUAAAAAUAUUUAGAAUCUUGAAUUUUAGUAAUAAAAAGAUUAACAACUUAUUGCGAGUUUUAAAAACUCUUUUUUAGGGGUAGGUGUGGACGUGGAGAAUUUAUCUCAUAUAUUUUCUUUGUUUAAAUUUGUUUGAGUGGGGGUUUUCUACAAGUAUGAUUUGUGAGAAAAAUUUCCUCGGAAUCUGUGCCAGUAAGGAAGCAGUUCUAACACACGCGGGAAAUUCCUUGUGUUUUUUCUUUAUUUACUGUGUUCGUGGGAAAUUUUUACAGCGAUUGAAAAGUAUUAAUAAAUACCGAAUCGUGUUUACUGUAAAUUUCUAAUUUCAUUCUGAGAUGUCUAUAUCGUAAUAUUAAGCACAAAGAACAAACCACUAUGAUCAAGAGAUUUUUUUCAAUUUUAGUAUUAGCAAAUUUUAACGAAGCGGUUAAAUCUUUGUGCUCUCCGCCCAACUUAAAAAAAAAGAGAGAGAAAGAGAAACAAACAAGAACAACCACAAAAACCCACAAAGGGACAGAAAGUGCUGAAAUCCUCCUAGGGAAAUAUUUACUCAUAAGUCUAUUUGGCUUAUCUGCUGACGUCUCCUUAGCUUUUUGCUCCAGGUUCCCGUGCGCGAUGAGAUAGUUUGCCUCCGCUCGGCCACCGUCCGUCAGCGUUCAGCAUAUUUUGUCCUCCGGCCGCUGCCGUUUCGGAUUACUCACCGAUCCGAGUUGCGAGGGAGAGGUGUCUGUUUCGGGGAAGCCGGCUUCUGUUGCCGGCGCCAUGGAGUCGCCUUUUAGUCCGGUUCUUCCUCAUGGACCAGGUGAAGACUGGGAGUCCACGUUGUUUGCUGAGCUUGGCUAUUUCACAGACACGGAUGAUGUCCAGUUUGAUGCAGCACAUGAGACUUACGAAAAUAAUUUUGAUCAUCUUAAUUUUGAUUUGGAUUUGAUGCCUUGGGAGUCAGACAUAUGGAGCCCCAGCAGCCACUUCUGCUCAGACAUUAAGGCAGAGCCCCAGCCUCUUUCUCCGGCUUCCUCCAGUUGUUCUGUCUCUUCUCCUCGGUCCACAGACUCCUGUUCUUCAACUCAGCACGUUCCUGAGGAGUUGGACUUGUUGUCUAGUUCUCAGUCUCCCCUUUCCUUGUAUGGCGACAGCUGUCACAGCCCCUCCUCAGCAGAGCCACUGAAGGAAGAGAAGCCUGUCACUGGUCCUGGAAACAAAACGGAACAUGGACUGACUCCAAAGAAAAAAAUCCAGAUGAGUUCAAAACCUUCAGUUCAGCCCAAGCCUUUGUUACUUCCAGCAGCACCCAAGACUCCAGCAAACGCCAGUGUCCCAGCAAAGACCAUCAUCAUUCAGACACUGCCAGCCCUGAUGCCACUGGCAAAGCAGCAGUCGAUUAUCAGUAUACAGCCUGCGCCCACCAAAGGUCAGACUGUUUUGCUCUCUCAGCCUGCUGUGGUUCAACUUCAGACCCCUGGAGUUCUGCCCUCUGCUCAGCCAGUACUUGCUGUCACUGGCGGAGCCACACAGCUACCUAACCAUGUGGUGAAUGUGGUGCCAGCCCCGGUGGUGAACAGCCCGGUGAACGGAAAACUGUGUGUGACUAAACCUGUUCUACAAAGCAGCACCAGAAGCACGGGUUCAGAUAUUGCCGUACUGAGGAGACAGCAGCGUAUGAUCAAGAACCGAGAGUCUGCUUGUCAGUCACGAAAGAAGAAGAAAGAGUAUAUGCUAGGCCUGGAGGCCAGGUUGAAGGCCGCCCUCUCCGAGAAUGAGCAGCUGAAGAAGGAGAAUGGGUCCCUGAAGCGACAGCUGGACCAGGUGGUGUCAGAGAACCAGAGGCUCAAAGUCCCAAGUCCAAAGCGCAGAGCUGUCUGUGUGAUGAUAGUAUUAGCAUUUAUCAUGCUGAACUAUGGGCCCAUGAGCAUGCUGGAGCAAGAUUCCAGGAGAGUGAAACCUAGUGUGAGCCCUGCCAAUCAAAGGAGGCAUCUUUUAGAGUUUUCAGCAAAAGAAGUUAAAGACACGUCAGAUGGUGACAACCAGAAAAACAGUUACAGAUAUGAUCAUUCUGUGUCCAAUGACAAAGCCUUAAUGGUGCUAAGUGAAGAACCAUUACUUUAUAUCCCUCCACCUCCAUGUCAGCCCCUCAUUAACACGACAGAGUCUCUCAGGUUGAACCAUGAACUUCGAGGCUGGGUUCAUAGACAUGAAGUGGAAAGGACCAAAUCGAGAAGAAUGACAAAUAGCCAGCAGAAAACCCGCAUUCUCCAGGGUGCUCUGGAACAGGGCUCGAAUUCUCAGCUGAUGGCUGUCCAGUACACAGAAACCACUAGCAUCAGGAAUUCUGGGAGUGAGCUGCAGGUGUAUUACGCUUCGCCUGGAAGUUACCAAGGCUUCUUUGACGCCAUCCGCAGGAGGGGAGAUACAUUUUACGUCGUAUCAUUUCGAAGGGAUCACCUGCUAUUACCAGCUACCACCCAUAACAAGACCACAAGACCGAAGAUGUCCAUUGUGUUACCAGCAAUAAACAUAAAUGAUAACGUGAUCAAUGGGCAGGAUUAUGAAGUAAUGAUGCAGAUUGACUGUCAGGUCAUGGACACCAGGAUCCUCCACAUCAAAAGCUCCUCGGUUCCCCCGUAUCUCCGAGAUCAUCAGAGAAACCAAACCAGCACCUUCUUCGGUUCCCCUCCCACAGCCACAGAGACGACCCAUGUGGUCAGCACCCUCCCUGAGUCGGUACAGUAGUGCCUGAGCUGCACUGGGAAGCAGAGAGUGGGCCUCGCCAAGCUGAAGAGCUGAAGAGGACGCUGCUCUCUGCCUCUCGGCAAGCGGAGAACCACCUUGUACUGCAACUCCAGGGAAAGAGAGAGAAAACAAGAGGCCGUUCUGCUUUUCACCGUCUUCCCACAGCGUGCAGCUGCUGGAGCACAGUUCUCUGAUGGCCGUGCAUCCCUGUGGGCAGUGUCUCCUGGUGUUGGUUCUGUGGGUCAUCUUCAGAACUUCUCCCGUCGUGUGUUUUGUUCUCAGUCACCUUCCUUCAGGUCAGACCCACUUCCUCUUCUGUCCACUGCACUUCCUGGCACAGUCAAGAGUUUUUAUUUAAAGCUUAGAACACAUGCUCAUGUGGUUACCACCAGUUGGCUUUCUCUCUCCUUUGAUUCAAAUCCAUUCUGAUUAUUAUACUUGAGAAAACACAUUUCAAAAAACCGAGCAGCCAAAAACAUCCCACAAAGAGUCAAAACAGUUCGGAGUUUGGGUAAAGGGAUUAUCUCCAGUUGGUAGAGUUUAUUUUUACUUGUGAUUUGUGGUUCAGCCCUGGACAAACAACUGUUGUGGGGUCCCAGAAUGAGCCGCACACUGGAGACCAGGGAAGGGAAGGCCAGUUGUGGAAUGUAAGAGGAGGGGACUCCGUUUACAUAUGUGUUUAACCAUACGUAUGGCCUCAGUGGAGUUCAGAGCCACAGCCACCUUUCACUCUUGGAAGUCUGCCAAUCAGCAAAGAUCUUUAAAGGCCUCAGGGCAAAUGCUUUCCUCUCAUUGGGAAUCCUCAGCCCAGGACACAGUCCUGUGAAACCAGGCUCAGCCAAGGAACUCAAGGUGACUAGAUUUAAGCAAGACUCAGUUUCCCUUAAAGACAGACAGUACACAGAACAAGCAUGGCUUCCCAGAGAGGCUGCAGCCCAGUGUGGUGAAAGUCUCAGUUUCUCCAGAGAGAAGAUGAUAAGGAACUAAGCUCUCUUUGUUGUUGCUUAGUGGAAUAUUUUUAAAAAGCUAUGACUGUGAACAUGCCUUUAAUCCUAGCUCCAUUUGAAAGGGAAGGCAGACUGUUUAAUAUCAGCCUGGUCUACAUAUCAAAUUCCAGGACAGGACAGCUAACGGUGUCUAGAGAACCCACCUCAAAACAAACAAACAAAUAAAUAAAUACAAAAAGCAAAAGUUAUGUUCACAUCUAUUUUAUCGUAUUUUCCCUGUUUCCUUCACCAUAGCAAGCACUGUCCAUUGUACAUUACAAAUCCACAGGGAUGGAUGCAGGACUCAUGUCCUUCCCCGUGAGCUGCCUCCCUUCAUAUGAUUUUAGGUUUUGACAACUCUUCCCAGCUGGCUGCCAUUGUCAGAUGAUUCCAUUCCAGUGCACACAAUGGCGGCUAAGUCCUCUUCUCCCUACAAGGGAAAAGAAGGGCAGCCCUCGGGGGUCGCACACAGUCAGGUCACCUCCUGACUGUGGCCCCAUUCGUUAUGCCUGGCACUGUUGGACCAACAGCCGUUCCCUGGACAUUACUGCUGCCUUCUAAGCUAGUUAGACACUUCCGGGGAAGGGCCAUUCUUGCUGAAUUCAGUGCCACACACAGUCCAUCCUGGUUGGCUUUCUAGUGAUUUUCAGACUAUACCUGUUUGCCCUGGGGACCAGUCCUCUACUGGGUGCCAUGGAGAAGUUAGCAAAUGCAUGGAAAGUCUUUAGGAGUAGCCACUUGUGGGAGCGGUGGGCUGCCCUGUGGCUGUAGGCAGAGGCCGUGUGCUCAUUCCUGACACUCAUCUGCUGAGAGCCACAGUGUCUGCAGCCCCUCAGGUUCACCAACGCCUCAGACCAAAGGCCUCAACAGUGUCACAGUUGCUAAGGCUGAUGCCUCUCCUACAGGUAACAGUGGCGGGGAUGGCUGGAGGACACAGCCAAAGAGCAGACAGAAGUUAAGGUGGUCACAGCACAGGUCAGGGAGCCAAGGAGCUGUGGGAAGGACUAUUCAAAGCUUCCUUCCUCCUCUUCCCUGCCUUCACUGGUCCGUCCGGUUCCCUCACUACCACUCCUAAGUCCAUCUUCGGUGAUGAGGAAUGGGGCCCUCCUCAGGGUAGAGCUUAGGAAAUGAGGGGAAAGCAAUUGUCAGAUACCAAGAGGACCCUGCUGUUUAAAUUGCUGAGAAAGCUCUAAUCCCUGGGCAUAGUGGGUUUUAGCUUAAUGUUUGUGUGCUGCCGCAGGCCCAUCAGGAAGGAAAUGCCACUGCUCUGGGAGCAAAUUAAGCAGCCAUUCAGGUCUCAUUUUUUUAUUUUGGUGGGAUUGCUUUUUGGGGUUUAUAGCCUGGAAAUGUAGACGCUAUGUGUGUAUAAAAUAUAUAUACAUAUUUUUUAAUUUAUUAAAAUGUGGUUUUUUUUCAAGAUUAUGAAAAAAUUAAAUAAAUUUGAGCUAUAGCAAUGCUUUAGUGGUUAACAACACUUACUGCUCGUCCAGAAUUCCCAGGUUCAGUUCCCAGCUCACAACCAUCUGUAACUCCAAUUCCCAGGGUCUGUAGGACCCUAUGCCUUCUCCAGGCCUCUGUAGGCACAGGCACAAAUGGAGUGCAUAUAUAUGUGUCCAGGUAAAACACUAGUACACAUAAAAAUAAAAACAAAUAAAUCUGAUUUUUUGAUUAGAUAAAUUCUCAGAAGUCACUCUCCCUGUUAUUAGAUGGUUUUGUGCCCUGGGCUGAUGGUUCUGUAAUGUUGGGAGUGUUGAUAGAGACUGGUGGCUUGGUCUUUCAUGUGUUUGCGAGUGCCCUGCUUUAAAAUUCAGCGGGAGGGGUUGGGGAUUUAGCUCAGUGGUAGAGCGCUUGCCUAGCAGGCACAAGGCCCUCGGUUCGGUCCCCAGCUCCGGGAAAAAAAAAAAAAAAAAACCUGCUAAAAUUCAGCAGAAGUAACUACUGAGUCAGAACGGCUUCUCUCUGCAGUCAGCUCAUAAAACAGCCUCCUUAGAACAUAGUGUAAAUCCGCUUCCAGGUUAGGAGGUGAUGUGAAAGGAUGCUUGAGAGAUAAAUGUCAGCAGUGCAAAGCUGGCCCCCUUCUGCUUUUCUUGUUAGAAAGAAGUAGACCCUGGGCUGGUGACAUGGCUUGGCCAUUGAGAGUGCUUGCUGCAUUUCCAUAGGACCCAAGUUCCAUUCCCACCUUAGCGCAGCUCACACUCCAGUUCCAGGAGAUGCAGUGCCCUCUUCUGGCCUCCCUGGGCAUCUGCACACACAUGGCAUUCACUAACACAGACACAUGUAAACAGUAAUAAUAAAAAAUAUUGAUAACGAAGCAGACAAGGAGGUACUUGAAAGUUAUAUUAUUGACUCAUUCCUGAAUUUUUCCAAUAACUGUCACUUAAAAACAGAGGGAACUGAUCUUUCCCUCAUAUGCUGUGGUUCAGUCUUGUUGGGUGAUGCUCAAUCCUGGGCGGGUGAGCAUUCCCAUUAGUAACAGCUGCCGGAUACUGUCAGGCAUGGCUGCAGUGACUAGAACGUUCGACCCAGGAAAACUCCCACAGUUCCACAGCUGUAAGGCUGUGUUUCAGUCUUGCUGCUCUAGUAUGAAACAUGACAGAAAUGUGCCACAGUAACAAAACUAGGAAGCAUGUUUGACUUCCUCCCACAUCAAAAUCGUCCAGUGGAGCUUCUGCUUUAAUAGCGCAUUAGAAGCAGCUCUUGCACUUCCUUAACCUACACAGCCAGCAUCCUAUCCAGUGACUCCCCGUUCUGAACUCAUGGAAGUGCCCCCCUCACCGCACCUCCCCCCACCCCAUAGCCCUCUUCCCGCCUCAGCCGGGGGGCACUGACCUCAUGGUACAUAGACCCCAACUUCCGAGUGAGACCUGUAGCUCCAUCAUAAGAAUCAACCUCCCAAGCUCUCCACAUAGUCCCAGCCUGGAGGGUAGCUUAUUGCCACGUACAAACCCAUGUUCCUUACCACCUGUUCUCGCCUCAGUUGUAGGCCAUUGAAAUUUACUUAAGUAAUGAUUUUUUAUGCUAAUAUGAAUACCAGUCAUAUUUUUAACCAGAAGAAGAAAAGUAAGGCCUAGAAGGAAGAUAAUGGAUUGAAGGCAUUGUCAUUCCCACCCUGAUAGCACUUGGAAGGAGACAUUUCCUCCCCAGUCCCCACUACAGGAAUUGUGGGUGACUUUUAAGUAACUACUGGACUGCCUAGGAAGAUAUUCCCAGAGUCCAAAAGGAACUAUGCACAUAGAGAAAAUACAGUUUUCUCCUGCCUAAGCAAACUCUAUUAGUAUUCUAUUAGCUUAUAUUUUUAAUAACUAAGCUUAAAACAUAGUUUAUUUUGGAUAUUACUAGAACUUUCAGCAAUUCUAAUACCUGUCAGGUACUCAUAGAAUCUAUGAAAAAAUAAAAAAACCGUGUGAUUAGGAAACCUACUGAGUCAUGGCAUGGCCAACAACCCUUUGUUUGGCUAGCUCUAAGCAUUACAGAUUUAGUGCAUGAAAAGACAAUUAUAUUGGGUUCAAGAACUAAAGAGUCAAUAGGUCAUCUGUGAAGGUCAACAAAUACCGAACUGGUGUGUUUUUUGUCCUUGGUCAAGCUGGUGGCUAUAGUUAAAUGAACCAGGAAGUGUGUCAUAUUCCCCAGGAUGCUAAUCCCAGACUGACUCAGCAGAUUGAAUGCACAGCACGAGUAUGUCAGUUGAACUACCCUAGUUCAUUAUCAUGCUUACUUCCUGGGCCGUGGCCAGGAGAUGAUGACAGCUACAAAGCACUGCUAGUCUUUGAGAUUCUAGGUUUUUUUUUCCUCAUCAUGGUAAUGAGGUUCAGCGAAGCCAGUGUCUUAAAUGGGCAUAAAUUCAUGCUCUUCUAAGAGUGGGUGGGAGAUAGACUGGGUAUGCAGCUCAGAUGGAUGAAUGCUUGCUUAGAAUGCCUGAAGCCAUGGCUUCCGUCACCACAUAAACCAGGAUGGUGGAGUGUGUUUAGAAUCCUACCAUUUGGGAGGUGGAGGUGGGAAGAUCAGGAGUUCAGGGUCAACCUGGGCUAUGUGGGACCCUGUCUUACCGUGUGGAAGAAAUGCAGAAAAAAAUGUAUUGUUCUCUCCCUGAAUAAUCAUGUCUGUUUACAAUAAAUGAUGGCGACAGACUAUUUCAAACAAGUCUUUAUAAUGCAAUACCUGUUCUUCCUCUGAAACCCAAAUAAAGAGUUUUAAAACUUU